AAUUACAGUUUUAAGUUCUCUGCUCGAUGUCUCUGUACUUUAAAAAUAGACAUCUUGAAACUUCUUGCACAGGCUUUCUUUAUAAUUUCUUAGGUUAGAUUUUAUGAGUGUGUCUGGCCUAUCUUAUUGGAUUUAAUAUUAAGCUUAUACACUGAUUGACUAGCAGGGCUUAAUGCUGGGAGGAAUAGUCUGCAGUGAAUACUAUCAUGGGAGUUAUGCUGAUCUUCACGUAAAGAAAUGGAGAAUUUAGUAAAUAAGUUAUCAUGACAAGUUUACAAUUUAAAGAAUUUAAAAAGGUUAAUCUUGCGCUUCAUGUUUUAUAAAGAAAAUGAAACAAGAAAUAGUUCAUUCAUGCAAUGGUGAAUUUUUGAAAUAGAUUUUAAAGGCAAAAAGAUCACUUGCACAUGGAUUUACUAUAGAGGGUGCUAUAAGCUACCAAUGGGUUGUUGUCAGGCCUGGAUGGGUAGGGGCAACAUAUGCCGCCAAAACUUGUCAUUUAAAGAUGAAAUCAAAAAUCCUGAUUUCUGGAAAGCUGCAAGAAGUGAAUAUCUCUGGACGAUGCUUUAUGUAAUCACUGGAAGUAGUACAAGAGCCUUUAACACAUACUCUCAGCCUACAACUCCAGUGUCCGAUGGCUCAAAAACUUCACAAAGUCAGUCAGAUGGUGUGAUCUCAGAAUUAACUAUUGCAUUAACAUUUGGUGUCGCACUGGCAUCAGGAAUACAAUGUACGGGUCACUUGAGUGGAGGACACUUAAAUCCAGCUGUGACGCUUUCCCUGCUGUUUUGUAGAAAGGUCACAGUGCUGCGCUGCACUGUGUAUAUUAUCGCACAAUUUCUGGGUGGGGUAUGUGGGGCUGGAAUACUUCUAGGACUCUUACCCCCAGAUAAACCACUGAUCUCCCUUAAGGCAAUCUCAACUCUCCCACAAGCCUUUGGUGCAGAAUUCAUCGCAACUUUAUUCCUUGUUUAUAAUUACUUCGCCAAUAUGGACACUCGGAGGACGGACAUGGGGUCACGUUCACUUUAUAUUGGGUUAGCUGAAAUGGUUAGCCAUUUAUUUGCGGGACCCUACACAGGAGGAGGCUUGAAUCCUGCAUGCUGCUUUGGUACUGCACUAGUGACCAAUACUUGGAAAGAUCAUUGGGUUUAUUGGGUUGGUCCUAUCUUAGGUGGUAUUAUAGCCGGCCUUACAUAUAUCUACAGCCAAGUAUCCACUGGUGACAAUACAACAAUCACGAAAAAGGGAGCAUUCAAGCGUUCAUUAAAACGCCACAGACCAAUCGAUGGUCUUGUGCCCCUGGCUCAGAGUGAACACACGGAUCAUUCUAGAAGCCAGGUGUCACUUCAUACAGAAAUAAGUGAUCAAGUGGAGACACCUAUUGACCAACAUGUCACCAUAGAAACCACACAACAACCAGAAACUUAACAGAAUGGUGUUUCCAAGUGAGGUACAUAUGAGGCUCGAUGAUGACUGAAAUGUAAUAAAUACAAAACUGCUAGUUAUCUAAAACAUCUGGACUUAAUCUCAUUUGUUUUAAAACAACAGAAGUGAUAAGAUAUCUCUGCCAACUAGCCAAAAUUUUUACCAAUGUUUUUUCUUCCUUACUUUGAAUUGGUUAAAUUAGUUGAGAGCCUCCCAAAUAAUUUAAUCCCAAAUAAGACUGUGUACUAAUGUCAUUAAAACAUUUCCUUUAUACUAAAACAUUUCCUUUAUACUUCAUUAUACCAGAGUUUCACCCUGUUUUUAGCAGACAUUUAACAUUUUCUAUUCAAUUAUUUCAAGUAUCAACCGUUUAAUGGCAGAGAGACUGGAUCUUCAAUUGUAUCAACACUACAGUAGCACUUUGCUCACAACUAACUAAACCAUGUAUCACCAGCUUAAUAGUAGUGAUAUAUUGGAUACUCCAUUAUAGCAACACAUGCAAAGUUCUCUUCUGACCAAAAGAAAUUUAUGUCUCUUCACCAAUUAGCAUUCUUCAUGAGAUUCAAACCUAUCUUUAAUCUCCUUCAGUAAGCAGAUUACAGAUUCUUUUCCAUGAAUCAACGCUGAAUUAUCAACACUGAAUUAUCUUUUAGGUAUGAAUCUUAUAGAAGGAACAUAUUAAUUACUAUGUGAUUAUAAUUAAUCAUGUUCUUACCAUAAAUAUUGUCUUAUUAGUUAAGAAGAUGAAAAUAAUAUUUUUCUAGUGAAUGGUCUACUAUUCUGAG